AUGCGCUCCAAGCUCACUAAAAACCUCUCCACACGUCCCCGUCUCCUUGCUGCGGCAUCCUCCCAGCGAGAAGCUUUGAAGCGUAUCUUGGCUAUGCUGAAUCAGCUUCAUUAUCGUAUUGUGACCAGACUACGAACUUGGGCUCCAGAUGUUUAUGAAGAGCAGAGAGAGCAUCCUGUACUAGGCGUCAUGGGUGAGGGAGGUCAACGAAAUGAUUCAAUUCGACUUGUUUCCUAUAGGAAACACUCAGUCAAUCUUAUUGCGCUCUGGCAAAAGUUUGGUUCGGAAGCCUUCUAUCCUAUGUUCAACAACGUUGACUGA